AUGCCCGACGAAGAAGGCCUCAGAGGGCUUAGUGAAAAUCAACUUCGUCGAAUCAACUUCAGUACUCAAAUUUUAUGCUACACGCUGGUGACGUUCUUUGUGAUUCUACGUCUGUUUCUUCAACAGAGACUGGGGAAGCCUCUUCGUGUUGACGAUGUGACUUGUUUCGUAGCCUGGCUUUUAUUCAUGGGAUACUGCACAUGUGCUCUCAUAUAUGGAAGAUCUGGUGGCGCCGAGCAUGAAGUUAAUAUGACAGAUGACGAGAUUGAAAACAGUUUCAAGGUAUCCUAUGCAUCAACCCUUAUAUACGCACCCUUGGCGCUUGCGGUGAAGGUGACGCUUCUUCUCGUCUUGGGAAAAAUCUAUGGACCAUGUCGGCUCGGUUGUAUAGCAAUUCACGCCAUUCUCGCGCUGAAUGUUAUAUAUUACACCAUAAUCCUCUUCGUCAAAGCGUUUGUCUGUGUGCCAGCGUCAGCAUACUGGACUAGUCUGGGCAAGCCAAGCGAUCAAUGUCUGAAUCGGUUUGCAGUGAUUGUCGCAGAUUCGGUCAUCAGUGUCAUAUCCGAUAUUGCCAUCCUGGUGCUCCCGAUCGUGCUCACAUGGCCAUUGCAGAUGGCCGUCAGGCUCAAGGUAAAGGUGAUGGCCCUCUUGGGACUCGGGGGGUUGGCCGUUGGCUUUAGCCUCUAUCGCCUGGUUCUUGUCAUUUCCCAUCGGAAUUCCCCAGACCAGACGAUAGUCUUUAUGAAGGUUUUGCUGUCUGGUAAUGCUGAAGGAGGAAUUGGUCUCAUUUGUACUUGUUUGCCCGCGCUUAGCAGAUACAUAAGUCACCGCCACCGCAACCGCCACGAGCGCCUCCCCUCACCGCAAGCAAUAGAAAACCACCCAUGCUUCAUCUGGGACGGCUCCCAAAGCUGCAGCGCGGCGGGCUCGCUUCGGGGCCAGUUCGAGACCCGCAUAUGGCGGAGCCGUAGGGAGUCAGAGGGAAUUGACCAGAUCAUGCAUGAGAUGGAAACGCCAGCAGGCCGCAGCAGUUCUGUCGGAAUUCGGAAGGACAUUACCUUCCACCAAGAGGACAGCCGACAAGCGCCGACUACCCAGAGUCUGUGUGAUCUAGUCAAUCCGUGUCGCUGCUGA